AUGUCCCGAACCAGACUAGCCCAGUCCAUCUCAACAUCACACCAAGCAAUCAUCCAUCAUCCAUCUGCAUCAUUCACCACUUCAACCUUGUGUAAUAGCCCCCAUACAGCUCCAAGCCUCAUGGGCAGAUCAGAUUUGACUGCACUCCCACCCAAUCGCCCCUCCCAACGCCGCCGCGAUGGCUGCUCAGAAUGCCGCCGAAAGAAAGUCAAGUGUGACCUGCGCAAGCCGGUCUGCUCUCGAUGCACCCGAUAUCCCAGAGGCUGCGUCUACACCCUGAGCAUUAUUGGCUCGAACCGAAGACCAGCUGGUCCGGCCCCGGAACCACGCCCAGCCCGUGCGACAAACAAACUCGAUCCGACCCUCGGCCUUUCAAUGCUAACCCACCAGCCAACCCUGACUCCAUCCCCGUAUCUCUCAUCGACGGAAUCCAAGUUCUUCAUGCACAUUCUCGCGACGCAGACCGCCCCUGUCUUCUUCCCGGCAGCGCCGAAGCUCUUCCUCGACGGACUGAUCAGUUCAGCUCUCGACACGCCGCAUCUGUUGGCCGCGCUUCUCGCAUCAGCAUGUAGCCAUCACGGCCGGUUGGUCGGCGGCGACACCCAAAGGUCGCGCAUGGCGUGCCUGAAAUUCACCAACCGGGCCAUCUCGGGGCUAGGCGCGGCCCUGAUGGAACCGGAGCAGAUGCUGCGGCCCGAGACGGCCAUGACGGCCAUGACGCUGUGCACGAACGACGUCUGCAACGGCAACAUGCAAGUCUGGCGGACACAUCUGACGGGAGUGAUGCGACUGCUGACCGCACUGGUGGAGCAGUCCAACACGAGGGACCCGCUCACGACCUGUCUGGUCAAGUGGUUCACCGCGAUGGACGUACUGGCGGGGAUGUCUGGAUCUGCCGGGCCCAGCGACCACGGACUCCUGAAUCCCUUUCCCCAAACCGGUCACAGCCAAGUCGACGAUAUCUGCGGAUACUCUCUCUCACUAGUCCCCGCACUCACCCGCAUCGGACACUUAGCUCGCCGGACACAGGCUCCAUCUCUCGACAUCCUACUCGAAGCACAACACCAUUCCCCAAACACAGCAGACACACACGGACCUACUCUCGCCCUCGAACUGCAACACACCCACCUCGCCUUCGUGCACUGCGCUCUCCUCCACCUGCAUCGCCGCGUCCAGCACCUCCCGCGCCACCACCCCACCGUGCGCGCCGACCUGCUCCACAUCCUGACAGCCAUCCAGAACAUCCGGCCUUUCUCCCAAACCAACAUCCUCAUCCUGUGGCCGGUCUUCAGCGCCGGAUGCGAGACCACCGAGCCCUCCGAACGGCGGCUCAUCCACGCCCGCAUGACAAACAUGCGCCGUCUCGGCAUGGGCAAUUUCACCCGUGCACGCGACAUGCUGGAGGCGUUCUGGGCCGCGGAAAGUGCCCUCCCGUGGGACUUGUAUUUCAUACAGCAGGGCGUGGAGCUAGUUCUAUUCUAG